AUGGCGUCCUACCUCGUCGCCGGCCUGCUCGGCCGCCCCGGCGCCGCCAAGGCCAUGGCGCGCACGGACGCCGCACCUGCAGAUGCGGCGGCGGCGGGCAGUAGCGGGGGGGCGGGCAGCAGCGAGGGCGGGCAGUGGUACUUCAGCCGCGAGCACAUCGAGAAGCACUCGCCCUCGCGUGCUGAUGGCAUUGACCUGCGGCGUGAGACGUAUCUGCGCCGCUCCUACUGCACCUUCCUGCAGGACCUCGGCAUGCGCCUCCGCGUGUACGCUCUCUCCGCACGCCCUUCCCCCGCCCCUCACGCCCUCCCCCCGCGCCUCACGCCCUUCCCCCGCCCCUCACGCCCUUCCCCCGCCCCUCACGCCCUUCCCCCGCCCCUCACGCCCUUCCCCCGCGCCUCAACCGUUGCACUUGCCUGUCCUGCUCGCAUUUGGGCAAAUGGUCCGCCACUCUGUGCGCCAUCAGAACAUGCCAGGGCCUUUCACUGCGCCACGCCGCAGAUCACGAUAGCGACGGCCAUCGUCUUCUGCCAUCGCUUCUUCAUGCGCCAGUCGCACGCCAAGAACGACCGCUAUGCGAUAGCGACGAUGUGCAUGUUCCUGGCGGGCAAGGUGGAGGAGACGCCACGCGCGCUGAGGGAGGUGGUGCAGAAGAGCCUCGAUGCGCAGGCCAGGAAGGACCCCGCCGCCGCUGCCAAGCUGCCCCACAAGGAGGAGCAGCAGAAGGAGCUGAUUCUGGUGGGAGAGGGGUUGGUGCUGGCGACGCUGGGGUUCGACCUGAACGUGGCCCAUGCCUACAAGCCCCUCGUGGCCGCCAUCAAGCGCUUCAAGGUCGCCCAGCAGGCGCUCGCCCAGGUCGCCUGGAACUUCAUCAACGACGGGUUGCGCACGUCGCUGUGUCUGCAGGUGCGAGCGGAGCAGUUUGCAGCGGGCGCCAUCAGCCUGGCCGCCAAGUUCCUGCGCGUCAAGCUGCCGGGCGACAGCGACUCGCCCUGGUGGGCCGACUUCAACGUCUCGCCCAAACUGCUCCACGACGUGAGUGUGCAGCUGUUGGAGCUGUACGAGCAGGUGCGCCUCGCCCCUAACCCCACCCACGCCGCCUCCCCUGCCAUCGCCAUCGCGCCCUCCGCUGCUGCUGCCGCCCGCGCCACCUCCCGUGGGGCUGCCUCGUCCCUUUCCUCGCACCCCCCCCUGGCAUCCGCCACCACCAGCAACAGCGCGGCCUCGCAGGGGAGGGCGUCCGCUGGCGCCUUGAGUGAGUCGCGGGGCGCCGGUGGUGGCGGCGGGGCUGUGGGCGCGCCGGGGGUGAGACGGCACAGUGACGGGGAGAGGGAGCGCGACGUGGAGAGAGGGGGCCAGCGGGAGAGUGAUCGCAGGAGGGAGCGGGAGGCGGUGAAGGGUAGGGAUGGGAGGGCGGGCGGUAGCGUGGGAGGUGAGGGUGGAGCGAGUGGGGAUGGCGCGAGGAGGGCGGGUGAGGCAGGCACAGUGGAGGAGAGGGGAGGUCGGCAGAGUGGGGGCGUCUCAGAAUAUGGGGGAAAUGGUGAGGAGUCACAGAGGCGAGGCAGGGAUGGAGCAGUGCAUGAAAGGGAAGGGGGAGAAGGCAGGAGGGGCAGUGAGGGAAGCAAAGAGGGGGUGGAGGAGGAGGAUGGGGAGAUAGGCGAGUGGUCAGGCGGGCAGGUGGAGGAGCAUGGCAGCCCGCCUCAAGGGGGGCCGGGCAAGGGGGGGCGGGGCAGUGCGGUGGAUGAGGGCGAAGGGGCGGAGGGGAGGAGGAAGAGGAGGUGGGGCGGGGAGGAGGAGAUGGAGUAUGAGGCGAUGCUGGCUGACGUGGACGUGGGGGCGCGAGGCACGGGGGGGGUGCGGGAGAGGGAGAGGGAGAGGGAGAGGGAGAGAGGCAGGAAUGAGACGCAGCAGCAGUGGGGUGGGGUGAGGGAUGGGAGUGGGGAGAGGCGGCAGCAGGUGAGGGCUCGUGUGGCGUCUGUGGAGGGAGGGGCGGGUCGUGACGGGGCGGGUCGUGACGGGGCGGGUCGUGACGGGGCGGGUCGUGACGGGGCAGGCGGUGCGGGCGGGAGGGAGGAGGGCGAGGAGGGCGAGGCGGGGGAGAUAGGGGAGGCAGGGGAGGUGGGUGUGGAGGAGCGGGGCCGGGAGGAUGCAGAGGAUGGUGGGCGUGCAGAAGGCAGGGGGCGGCGGGGCGGCAUGGAUGUGAACGGGCAUGGAGGGGCGGAGCGCAGUGCCAUGGACCUGAACCGUGGCGCGGAGGAGGCAGCAGCAGUGCGCAGCGGUGGCAGCAGGGGUGGGGCGAGCAGCCGAGGGCUGUCUGGUGGUGGUGGUGGCGGCAGCAGUGGUGCUGGUAGAGGUGAUGCUGGUAGAGCCGACCACAGGGCGUCACAUGAUGGCGAGGAGCACAGAGCGGUGCAGCGCGGCGGUGCGUUGAGGCGAGUUAGAGAUGCGGAAGAGGCUGGUGAUGGCGAUGGUGAUGGCGAUGGGGAGGGAGGGAGUGGGAGACACAGGAGUGGUGGCGAGUGGGGACGGCACAAGAAGGCUCGCAUGGACCCAUGA